UCCAUCACCAACGCCAUCCUCAGUCCAAGAUGCCUACUCGAUUCUCCAAGACCCGCAAGCACCGCGGCCAUGUCAGCGCCGGUAACGGUCGCGUUGGCAAGCACAGAAAGCACCCCGGUGGUCGUGGUAUGGCCGGUGGUCAGCACCACCACAGGACCAACCUUGACAAGUACCAUCCUGGUUACUUCGGUAAGGUCGGAAUGAGGCGCUUCCACCUUCUUCGGAACCAGCAGUGGAAGCCUGAGAUCAACGUCGACAAGCUGUGGUCUCUGGUCCCCGCCGACCUGCGCGAGAAGCACAUCAACAAGUCUGCCGAUACCGCCCCCGUCAUCGAUCUCACCGCCCUCGGAUACGCCAAGCUGCUCGGCAAGGGCCGUCUGCCCGAGGCUCCCAUUGUCGUCCGCGCGCGCUACGUCAGCAAGCUGGCUGAGUCGAAGAUCACCAAGGCCGGUGGCGUCAUUGAGCUGGUUGCUUAAAGUGAGGUUGAAGAAAGGCGGCAGCACGUUUUGGGGAAGGGGGGAAUCUACAGGGAUAGGCAGGCAGGCAUGGACACAAAAAGCACUUUUCGCAGAAUCGGUCGCAUGGGCUGGCUGAAGGAAUUUCCAUCUGGCGUCUAUCGGUUUUCCAGUGUCUAGAGCAAUGACACAAAUCUUACGAUGAACAAAGAAAUACCCUACCUACAACAUGAUCGACAUGAAGGGGGGACACGCCCUGUGGCCGUUGCGGCGGGUGCCCGAGGUCUUGUUGGUGGGACGGAGCGACUUUUGCUGAUGACUAGCAUUAGGCCCAAGCCCAUCUCACGAGCGUCGGCAGGCUUUCCAUAGCACAAAAAGCAAUUCAACGGCGCUGCAGACGGAUACACA